AUGGGAGUAGGGACAAAUCCGAGCAGACAAACAACAUUGUCCCGCGUACAGGCUUUGAGAGUCUUUGAGCUGUCCGAAAUGUUGCCACUCGUGGCUGCUUCAGUCAGUAUUGGUAUAGGUUCCCUUGUUUGGGUGGAAGAUCCGGGCGUUGCCUGGAUAGAUGGGGAGGUUUUGGAGGUCCAUGGUCAAGAUAUUAAAGUUCUUUGUACUUCAGGGAAGACGGUUGUUGUCAAGGCCACCAAUGUUUAUCCUAAAGAUGCCGAGGCACCACCAUGUGGAGUGGAUGAUAUGACUAGAUUGGCCUACUUACAUGAACCGGGGGUGCUGUAUAAUCUAAGGAGUAGAUAUGAUAUUAAUGAGAUAUAUACUUACACAGGGAAUAUAUUAAUUGCUGUGAACCCUUUUACAAGGUUGCCCCAUCUCUAUGAUAGCCAUAUGAUGGCUCAAUAUAAAGGUGCCUCCUUUGGGGAGCUCAGCCCUCAUCCAUUUGCUAUUGCAGAUGCAGCAUACAGACUUAUGAUGAAUGAGGGAAUAAGCCAGUCAAUUUUAGUUAGUGGUGAGAGUGGGGCAGGCAAAACAGAAAGCACAAAGCAGCUUAUGAGGUAUCUAGCUUACAUGGGAGGUAGAGCUGCAGCUGAGGGCAGAACGGUUGAGCAGCAAGUUUUAGAGUCUAAUCCUGUUUUGGAAGCAUUUGGUAAUGCAAAAACAGUCAGGAACAAUAAUUCCAGCCGCUUUGGUAAAUUUGUGGAGAUUCAGUUUGAUAAUAAAGGAAGGAUCUCAGGAGCUGCUGUGAGAACUUAUUUGCUUGAGAGAUCACGUGUUUGUCAAGUGUCUGACCCAGAACGAAAUUAUCAUUGUUUCUACAUGCUUUGUGCUGCACCCCCAGAGGAUAUUCAAAGGUACAAAUUGGGAGACCCAAGAACCUUUCAUUAUCUGAACCAAACAAAUUGCUAUCAGUUAGAUGGGGUUGAUGAUUCCAAGGAGUACACGGCUACAAGGAAAGCUAUGGAUAUUGUUGGAAUCAGUGCAGAGGAACAGGAUGGUAUAUUUCGCGUUGUGGCUGCAAUCCUUCAUCUUGGCAAUAUCGAGUUUGCAAAGGGAAAGGAGAUAGACUCAUCUGUGCCCAAAGAUGAAAAGUCGUGGUUUCAUUUGAGAACUGCAGCAGAGCUAUUUAUGUGUGAUGCAAAGGCUUUAGAGGAUUCUCUUUGUAAACGUGUUAUUGUAACUCGUGAUGAAACCAUCACCAAGUGGCUUGAUCCUGAAGCUGCAACUGUCAGUAGAGAUGCUUUGGCCAAAGUUGUAUACUCAAGAUUGUUUGACUGGCUUGUGGAUAAGAUCAACAAUUCAAUUGGUCAAGAUCCAGAUUCAAAACUUUUAAUUGGAGUACUGGAUAUCUACGGAUUUGAGAGUUUCAAGACUAACAGCUUUGAACAAUUUUGUAUCAAUUUGACGAAUGAGAAACUUCAGCAGCACUUCAACCAGCACGUGUUUAAAAUGGAGCAAGAAGAGUACACAAAAGAAGAGAUCAACUGGAGCUAUAUCGAAUUUAUCGACAAUCAGGAUGUUCUGGAUCUAAUUGAAAAGAAACCUGGUGGUAUUAUAGCCCUUCUUGAUGAAGCUUGCAUGUUCCCCAGAUCAACCCAUGACACUUUCGCGCAAAAGCUCUACCAGACAUACAAAAAUCAUAAGCGCUUCAGCAAGCCCAAAUUGGCUCGUUCCGACUUCACCAUUUGUCACUAUGCUGGUGAUGUUACUUAUCAAACAGAAUUAUUUUUGGACAAAAACAAGGACUAUGUUAUUGCAGAGCAUCAGGAUCUUCUGAAUGCUUCAAAGUGCUCCUUCGUAGCGGGUUUGUUUCCACCUUCGGGUGAGGAGUCCUCUAAACAAUCUAAGUUCUCUUCAAUUGGUUCAAGGUUCAAGCAACAAUUGCAAUCUUUGCUCGAAACUCUGAAUACCACUGAGCCACAUUAUAUUCGAUGUGUAAAGCCUAAUAAUCUGCUGAAACCAGCUAUUUUUGAGAAUCAGAAUGUUCUACAGCAACUCCGCUGCGGAGGAGUCAUGGAAGCAAUCAGGAUUAGCUGUGCUGGAUAUCCAACUAGAAAACCUUUUAUUGAGUUCCUGGAUCGUUUUGGAAUUCUUGCGCCUGAAGUGUUGGAUGGGAGUAAUGAUGAGGUCGCCGCAUGCAAGAGGCUUCUGGAGAAAGUGGGCCUAGAAGGUUACCAGAUUGGUAAAACAAAGGUUUUCCUGAGAGCUGGUCAGAUGGCUGAACUUGAUGCUCGCAGGACUGAGGUAUUGGGGAGGUCAGCUAGCAUCAUCCAGAGGAAAGUUCGGUCAUACUUGGCUAGGAAAAGUUUUACAUUGUUGCGACGAUCAGCAAUAUUUAUGCAAUCUGUGUGCAGAGGGGAACAUGCUCGGCAAGUUUAUGAAAGCAUGCGAAGAGAAGCAUCUUCUAUUAAGAUACAGAAGUUUCUGCGCAUGCAUCUGGCAAGGAAGGCUUACACAGAAUUACACUCUUCUGCUGUUUCAAUUCAAACUGGAAUGCGGGGUAUGGCUGCACGCAACGAGCUUCGUUUCAGGAGGCAAACCAAAGCAGCGAUCAUCAUUCAGAGUCAUUGUCGCAAGCUCUUAGCUCGUUCAGACUACAAAAAGAUGAAGAAGGCUGCAAUCACCACACAAUGUGCCUGGCGGGCUAGGAUUGCUCGGAAAGAACUGCGACAACUUAAGAUGGCUGCAAGGGAAACUGGCGCUCUCCAAGCUGCGAAGAAUAAAUUGGAGAAGCAAGUUGAGGAAUUGACUUGGAGAUUGCAGCUUGAGAAACGUAUGAGGGUUGAUAUAGAAGAAGCAAAAUCGCAAGAAAAUGCAAAGCUACAAGCUGCUUUGCAAGAAAUGCAGCUUCAGUUUAAAGAAACUAAAGAAAUCCUUAAGAAGGAACGUGAGGCAGCAAAGCAAGCGGCAGAGCAAAUCCCAGUUAUACAGGAAGUUCCUGUUAUUGACCAUGAAAUGAUGGAUAAAAUCACUGCUGAAAACGAGAAGCUCAAGGCCUUGGUUAGUAAUUUAGAGAAGAAGAUUGAUGAAACGGAAAAAAAAUUUGAAGAGACAAACAAGCUCAGUGAUGAAAGAUUGAAGCAGACUUUAGAAGCCGAGUCCAAAAUGGUUCAAAUGAAGAUUGCUAUGCAAAGGCUUGAAGAGAAAAUCUUUGACGUUGAGUCUGAAAACCAAGUUCUUCGGCAGCAAGCCUUGUCAACACCUGCAAAAAGAGUAUCCGAACAUCUACCACCUCUAGCAUCUAAGGCAUCGGAAAAUGGUCACCACCAUAUAAAUGAGGAAAACAAGGACCAAGCUAGCGUCUCACCCACCAAAAAUUUUGAAACUCCUGAUAGCAAGUUUAGGAAACCCCCGAUUGAUCGCCAAGUUGAAGACUUUGAUGCUCUUAUUGAUUGUUCUAUGCAAGAUCUUGGUUUUAGUCAAGGCAAACCUGUCGCAGCAUUCACCAUUUACAAAUGUCUUCUUCACUGGAAAUCGUUUGAAGCGGAGAGAACUAGUGUCUUUGAUCGCCUGAUUCAAAUGUUUGGUUCAGCUAUUGAGAAAGAAGAUAGUAACGAUCGGAUGGCGUAUUGGCUGUCGAACACAUCUACCUUGUUAUUCCUACUCCAAAGAAGCUUAAAAGCUGCAGGUGCUGGUGGGGCAACUCCUAUCCGUAAACAGCAAACCCCAACCUCUCUCUUUGGAAGAAUGGCGAUGGGAUUCCGCUCGUCCUCUGUAAACCUUAGUGCAGCUGCAGCUGCACUUGAGGUCGUGCGUCAAGUCGAAGCAAAAUAUCCAGCUCUGCUUUUCAAGCAGCAGCUGACAGCUUAUGUUGAGAAAAUAUAUGGGAUAAUCCGAGAUAACUUGAAGAAGGAAUUGAAUACACUUCUUGCAUUGUGUAUCCAGGCACCACGAACAUCCAAAGGAAAUGUACUAAGGUCUGGCCGGUCUUUUAGUAAAGAAUCUGCUUCAAAUCACUGGCAGGGGAUUAUUGAAUGCCUCAACUCUCUUCUUUGUACACUUAAAGAAAAUUUUGUGCCGCCUAUUUUAGUUCAGAAGAUAUUCACCCAAACUUUCUCCUACAUUAAUGUGCAACUCUUUAACAGUCUCCUUCUGCGUCGUGAGUGUUGUACAUUCAGCAAUGGAGAAUAUGUCAAAGCCGGGUUGGCUGAGUUAGAGCUAUGGUGCGCCCAAGCCAAAGAGGAGGUAUCUUUCGACAUAUAUUUGGAGAAUUUUUGCGUUCAUCUUUGAGAAAAGUUAGCGGAUAUAGUCAUCCAAGUUUACAACUUUUCUUAAUGCACGAGGCUCUUUUCAUUUUAUUCAAAGCUUUCUUUGGUUGCAGUAUGCUGGGUCAGCUUGGGAUGAGCUCAAACAUAUACGGCAAGCUGUUGGCUUCCUGGUUAUUCAUCAGAAGUACAGGAUAUCAUAUGAUGAGAUAACCAAUGAUUUGUGUCCAGUAAGUCCACUCUCAGCCUUCUGUUUGAUUCUCCAUGUUAUUAUUUCUUUGUUUGACGUCUUCUAGCAUAUAAGAUCUCACUGCUACUGUAUAAUAGUAUUGGUUAGUUUGUCUUUAGCUGACAUGUGUGGGCCUCUUUUUUCUCAUUGAAAACUGUCUUGAUUUGUGCAGAUACUUAGCGUCCAACAGCUGUACAGAAUAUGUACUUUAUACUGGGAUGACAACUACAAUACACGAAGUGUGUCUCCAGAUGUAAGUUUGGGUGGCCAUUUUGUAUCUGUAAAAGAUCGCUCAGUUCGUGUGGUCUCUCGAUGUGAAGAAAUUGUUUGAAUAUUUAUCUCCCAUUUGAUGCAGGUAAUAGCCAGCAUGAGGGUUCUUAUGACGGAAGAUUCAAAUAAUGCUGCUAGCAGUUCCUUCUUAUUGGAUGACAAUUCCAGGUGAGAGGAUAUUUAUGCUUCUUGAGUGAAUAAUUUAAUGGUUGUCCGUGGUUUGAGUAAAGCAUGUUAUUAGAGAACUUUUCAAUGGUUGGACAAUUCAACUUCCAAGUGCUCAUUGUCCAAGUUGACUGUUUGGUCCAAUCUUAGUAAAUGGAUAAGGUGGCUGCUAGGUAAAUAACUCCAAUGACUCUUUCUCAAUGCAGCAUUCCAUUCUCUGUUGAUGAUCUUUCAAAUGCACUCCAAGUCAAGGACUUUUUAGAUGUCAAGCCAGCCGAUGAGCUACUCGAGAAUCCAGCCUUCCAAUUUUUACACGAGUAAGGCCGAGGAACUUCGAGCACUCUUUUUCUUGG